ACACCCACCAUCAUCGAAUACCACGCCACUCUCCCCCCGUCCGCAUCUCCGUUCAUGGCGCCAGCAUCAAUGUCGGGCUCCAGAAUGCCACGCACGUCAUCGCGCUGCAUGCGGCCGUCGCCUUUGUUUGCUCACUUUUCUUUGUGCGACACGCUAAUCAGUCCGCCGCCGCUAUCGCUGGACAGAGUCGCAUCCUCGCUCCAUUCACGACCACCAAAUGCCGCCCAAAACGCCCGUUGGGAGGCCCUCGCCGGGACGGGCAUACGAUGAGCCCUCAGGAAGUUUACGUCGGCGCCCUCGCCCAUGGUCCCAGCAACCCCUUCUCCGCCGCCUCGCGCUACUCCACGCCCGGCACUGGCGCCGAAACUACCUCCUCGCAACCGGCCUUCUCCUCAUCGUCUCCAUUUCCACCUUCCUCCUCGCGAACCUCUUCAACUACCGCGACCGACCCCCGCUCCUGCCCCCCUCCGUCUAUCGCGAACUUGGCAUCAACCACACCUGCACGCCGACCUGGCUCUUCUACCCAGACUACUUUGCCGUCCUCCAGCUCCCUGCUCCCCCGAAGCUCCUCCCCGAGCUACUGCCGCCAAAGAGAACCGUGCACCGAGCAUAUAAAAGGACAGUGACGUGCUGGGACCCGAGCAAGUGGAGUCGACAUCCUGGACUCAGCAGGAGCGAUCUUGAGCUGGUCAAUACGUUGAUGAAGGAUAGCGCGGAUAAGCUGGCUCUUGGAGAGGACUACCCCAGAGUUGUUCGCGAGUCGCUGAUGACACAUCGAGAUCACGAGCGCCGGAAAGCGGAGCGGCGUAACGACCGCCUAACGCCGACCGAAUACUGGAAUACUACGGUGAAGACCUCGCUGCCGUCCUUCGCGCCUCAAUGCCGAUAUGAGUGUGGAUUUGGCGAAGCGGUGUCGCGGUUUUGGAAAGAGAUGUGGACGCCGUACUGGAGGCUCCCCAAAGACAUCAAGAGCGCCGCCGAGCUAGGGGGCUAUUGUCCGCCGUGCAGUUUUAAGAGAGCGACGGUAUCGUGGUCGCGCUUUCAGAGGAAAGAGGAGCUGCUGCCUCCUGUCACUCAUUUGUUCUGGUACAGCAACGAAGUGCAGAGCGCCGCGGCACAGAGCUUGAUGUGGGCGUGGCUGCUAUACUGGGCACGUCGGGAUACGAACUUCAUUACGGUAGACACGAUGAGGUGUGAGAUGCGCAGCACGGAGAGAAUUAACGGUGUUAAGGAUGGGUGGUUUACAAUCAACGUGUGGGACUUCUGUGCGGAUAGGGAGGAUGACGAGGACUUGGCUGGCUGGAGAGAGUUCGUGGAUUUGGUUAAGCAGGAUGAGGAGGACCUGGAUCAGUGGAAUGCGCACAGAGUUAGGGACGCGGGGCUUGAGAGCCCGUGGCUCCGGCGGCUCUGGCCAGCUGGUUAAACGUGCUGACGUGUUGCGCGGCAGGACAUUAUCAUCAAUGCAUAUCCUAUGCCAUCCAGAUUGCUCGGAUUAAGGUAUAUCCUGCUCACUGCUGAUGCCGUUCUGGAGCCCCUUUUCCGCUGGCACAGUAAGGUGUCCAAGCAUGUUUCGAUAAUAGAGUAGAGAUAGAGGAGGAUUUUAUUUGGUAGAUGUUUGGAGAUUAAAGGACCCUGGGAUACAGCUUUGGUAGGGGAAUGAGAGUAUGGCGGCGACCUGGGGACGCUUGGGUACGUGCAUGUGUAUUAGCAC